GUGAAACACCGAUAUAACCCCAAGCACUAGCCAUGCCACCCGCAAACUUUGCCACGCCACUCCCACAAUCUCCCCGCUCCGACAUCUUGGAAUGGCGCUUUCCCAAGCCCUAUCACCAUCUCACGCUCACGGGCCGGUCCCGGGCGGCAUGGCACACGUCAUUCGUCAUCCCACAGCUGAACUUGCUCCUCGACGCCGGUUUGUGCGUAAACAAGCUGCGCCCCAAACACAUCUUCCUCACGCACGGCCAUAGUGACCAUACACUGCUCGCGCCGGCGUUUGUCAACAGGGAUGACCCGCCCGACAUCUUUUGUCCCGCCGAGAUGAAGCGGGCGUUUGACGACUUUGUUAAUGCAAAAACCAUCCUGAGCGAAACGGGUGGGCUACUGUACAGCAGUAGUGCUAGUAGUAGUAGUAGUAGCAGGGAUGGUGAUGGCGAUGGUGAUGGCAAAGGCGAAGGAAACGGGUCCGAGUCCGAUGGAAAGGGAAAAGACCUCGCAUCAAUGCUCCAAACUCACGUCACGCACGGCCUCCGGGAGGGCGACACGGUCUCCUUACGCCGGUUAUCAUCGUCCUCUUCACAGCAGGGCUGGACAGCAACGGCGUUUGCGUGCGACCACACGGUGCCGUGCCUGGGCUAUCUGUUUUCCGCCGUCACGCACCGGCUGCGGGACGAGUACCGGUCGCUUCCCGGGCGGGAGCUGCGCCGAUUACGCGAGGAGGAAGGGGUGCAACUUACCCGCCCCGUACAGACGCCUGUGUUUGCAUUUCUCGGGGAUACCACGGCCGCCACACUCGCGGCCGCACCCGGUUGGUUGGCUGGUUCCGGGGAUGAUGAUGGCUCGGAACGGGCUGACGGUGAUACUGGGGUCAAGGUGGUCAUUACCGAGUGCAGCUUCCUAAGGGAGGAGCACCGCGCGCAGGCGGACAAGACUAAACAUACCAUCUGGGCGGAUUUGGAGCCUGUUGUGAGGAGGUGGCCGCGGACCGUGUUUGUGCUGACGCAUUUCAGUUUGAGGUAUUCGGAUGACGAGGUCAGAAGGUUCUUUGAGGACAUGGGCGACCGGGUGCCUGGCAAUGUGGUGGUUUGGGUCGACGGCGGUGGGGAGAUGGGGGUUGUUUGACAUCUUGAUGGAGAGGACGGGAACGUCUUAGUAGUAGUAGUCUGGUGAUUGAUACUACAGACUAGUAAUACUCCUCGUACUAUCGGACUACAGCCUAUAAUACUAAGUACUCUCCUACUUCGUUCUAGGUCUAUCAUUCCAAC